AUGCAACAACUGGAUACUACUUCAAGUGAGUCUGAAACUGAAACUUAUUUAGAUGCGAGUAAGAACUGCGACCUCGAAGAAUUGAUUCAAGACAGAACGCAAAGCAACACAAAAGAAAUGUUAUCUGAUUUGCAGCGGAAAACGCUCACAAAACAAGGAUAUCGCUUAAUCGGUUCCCAUAGCGCUGUUAAGCUAUGUCGCUGGACUAAGCACCAGAUGCGUGCUCGAGGUGGCUGCUACAAGCACACUUUUUAUGGUAUUCAAUCUCACAGAUGUAUGGAAUUCACCUGUUGUUUGGCUUGUGCUAACAAAUGUGUGUUUUGCUGGCGCCACCAGACAAAUCCAGUAGCUAAGGAAUGGAAUUUUAAGAUAGAUGAUCCAGCGUGGAUUGUCACUGAAGCAAUCAAAGCCCAGCGUUCCCUGGUCAACAUUUUUAAAGGCAGUCCUGGUGUAGCCGAAACCAACCGUUUGGCAGAUGCUAUGAAUGUAGCGCAUUGUGCGUUAAGUUUGGUUGGGGAGCCCAUUCUGUAUCCAAGAAUCAACGAACUGUUGGAAAUUUUACAUCAACACACUAUUUCGACUUUUCUCGUAAACAAUGGGCAGUUUCCGGAGCAACUGACUACUAUCACACCUGUCACUCAGUUGUACCUAUCUAUUGAUGCUUGUGAUCCGUACACUCUGAAAGAGCUCGGACGGCCCAUGUUUUCAGAUUAUUGGGAGCGUCUGUUGACAAGUAUUCAAAAUAUCAAUAAAUCUAAGUCAAGAUCUGUGUUUCGUCUGACGAUAAUAAAAGAUAAAAACGAAAAUGAUGCGCAAGGAUAUGCACAGUUCAUGCAAAUUGGACAGCCGAGUUUUGUGGAGCUAAAAGGGGUCACUUUCACCGGAGUUGGGUGUGGCAUUUCAAUGAAAAAUGUGCCCACUCAUGAAGAAGUGAUUGAGUUCUCCAAAGACUUGUUGAUCGAAUACAACUGCCUUCGUCAAAACAAUCUAGAUUUAGACGAAUACGACAUAGUUGCUGAAAGUAUGCAUUCUUGUUGCGUCUUGAUUGCAAAUAAGAAGUUUUGCGUCAACGGAGUUUGGCACACCUGGAUUGACUACCCAAAGUUUUUUGAACUUAAAAGGUCGAAAGCCGAGUUCACGGAAACUGCUUACUCAUUGCCAACGCCUUCUUGGGCGCUUUACAACAGUAAAGAGCGUGGGUUUGACCCGAACGACACAAGAGUUUACACAAAAAAACGUUUAGAUGUUAUGCGAAAACAAGCUUGCAAUGCAGACUGCACUUGCACUUGA